AUGCUCAAGGAGCUUGUACCCGAGAAAGACCAACUUCCAGUUCCAGAUGCCCACGAUCCCGUGAGACUCGGCCAGAACUACACCACGGCACACAUGGUCCAAGUCCGAUGGUCUAUGCAAACUGGCUGGGGAACACCCGUGAUGAGCCCCUACGGCAAGAUCGCCUUGGAGCCAACAGCAAGUGUCCUGCACUAUGCCACCGAGUCUUUUGAAGGGAUGAAAGCCGACCGAGGCCACGACUCCAAACUCCGCCUCUUCCGCCCCGACCUCAACUGUGCCCGCCUCCUCAAAUCAAACGCCCGCGUAGGCCUCCCCUCCUUCAACCCCUCCGCCCUCCUCCAAAUCAUCACAAACUUCCUCGCAACAGAAUGCCCACGCUGGCUCCCAGACCCCGGCACAAACCUCUACAUCCGCCCCGCCAUGGUCGGAAGCGGCUCCGCGCUGGGUAUAAACCAGCCCCCCGAAGCCCUCUUCUUCCUCUUCGCCGCGCUCUUCCCGCAGGCUUCUUCGGGCCAGCCGCACCCGGGCAUCAAGUUACUCGCCAGCAGCCCCGAACAUAUUCGUGCCUGGCCCGGUGGGUUCGGGUCUGCCAAGGUGGGUGCGAAUUAUGGGCCUGCUAUGGUUUCGCAUGCGAAGGCGAAGGAGAGGGGGUGUAGCCAGACGUUGUGGUUGUUUGGGGAGGAGAGGGUUGUUACGGAGGCCGGGGCGAGUAAUUUCUUUGUUGUGUGGAGGAGGAAGGAGGGUGAGGGGUUUGAGCUUGUGACUAGUUCAUUGGAUACGGAGGUUAUUCUGGAUGGUGUCACUCGGAGGAGUGUUUUGGAGAUUGCGAGGGAGAGGCUGACGGGGGGUUUGGCGGGUGGUACUGAGCUGGCUCCGCUGGAGGUUGUUGAGCGUCCGUUUACCAUGGGCGAGGUUGUGGAAGCGUAUGAGGAUGGUCGGCUGGUUGAGGCGUUUGUCUCUGGUACUGCCAUGUUCGUUACUCCGGUCUCUAUGAUCAAGUAUGGGGAUACCGAGAUCCAGUUUCCGAUGACGGUCACUGAAGAGGGGCAUAAGACACCGCGCUCAGUGUACUCUUCCUUCAUCAAGUCUUGGUUGGAGGAUAUUAUCUACGGCCGAGUGGAACAUGAAUGGGGUUUUGUCGUCUCUGAGGAUUAG